CUUGGCGCGCUGAGCAAGGGAACGGAAAGGGACCAGGAUCACAAUGACAGCAUCGCGGUCCGCCCAAACCACGGAUUCCUGACGACACAUGCUUGACAACGCGACUCGCCGCGAAACGGUCUCCAGUCCACAGCCGCAACCGCUACCUGUUACCCUGGAAUCUCACUAUAGUUACCCGCUGCCUACUGUUACUUCCGAGUUACCCUUAAUUUUGUAGCGCCGUCUGUUCAUUUUCCCUCCCUUCAAUCUUAGGUUUGACCUCGUGGCUUGUAUUCUCAGACCAAGCUUCCGCAUCUCCUGGAUUCGGUUGACCAUUGCAUCACUAAAGAGACGCAGCAUAGAGAACUGCAUUAGAGGCCUCUCAAUCUCGAUUUAUUUCGGCACCUCGACGAUUACUACCCUCAUGGCUCUGAUCUCCGGGCCUCCCUUUGUCAGCUAAUUGCCUCUCCCUCGCCCGCGAACCUACUAUCCCUACGUUUGGCUACGAUGCCUCGCCCCCGGCCCCCGACGACGGGCUAUGAGCGGCUCGCUCAGGCCGAUGCCCUAUCUUCCGACUCCGAAGACGAUGACCCCCUCACCCAGUCGUACGCCUCUCUUCAGCCGGCUUCUGGCCCUCGCUUCGCACCAAUCGCCCAGCCGCGCCCUCGCUCGGGCAUGACGACGCCGAAGCCCAUAAGCGCCGGUCCUUCUAGACCUAGGAAUCGACGUCGUGGCGGCAGCAACUCUGGCGUAGACAUCAAAGCCAUCAAUGCUCGGCUGGAGCGAUGGGCAGACGAGAUUGCUAGCCGGUUCAAACGCGCCAAAGGCCGUGGCAAGACCGGUGAGGAAGAACAUCUCGAGAUUCACCACUCGGUGUUCCAAGCACCGGAGGGUGUUCGGCCCAUUACUCCCGAGGGCUUGGCGGCGGUACAAGACGUCAUGACUAAGUCCCAAUUCGAAGAUAUCGUGCGCAGUGUCAGGCAAGCCAUUCUGCAAGGCACACACCCGCGCAUGAUCUCCCAGGGAAGCUCCGGCAGCUAUUUCGCUCGGAAUACAGAAGGAAAGGUUGUGGGCGUGUUCAAGCCCAAGGACGAAGAACCAUAUGCCGCCGGCAACCCCAAGUGGAACAAGUGGAUUCACCGGAACUUGUUCCCUUGCUGCUUCGGACGCGCAUGCCUCAUUCCCAAUCUGUCAUAUGUCAGCGAAGCCGCUGCAUACACCCUGGACUGCCAACUUCGCACUCACAUGGUGCCUUACACAGACGUUGUGUGGCUGUCUUCCAAAUCAUUCCACUACCCAUUUUGGGACCGCCGCAACUUCUACAGAAAGCAAAAACCACUUCCUGAAAAGCCGGGAAGUUUCCAGGUCUUCCUCAAAGGCUUCAAGGAUGCCAACGUAUUUCUGAGAGAACAUCCUUGGCCGGACCAAUACUGGUCUGGGUUCAGAGCCAAUGACCCGCACCGCAAACGUAGGAGGAGAUGGGCAGACAACUGCCGCCCAGGCAGCGCCGCAGCACUGGAUGAUAUCGAGAGCGACGACGAAAUCAGACAGGAAACCCCACCACUGGGCCCAGACAACUUUGUAUGGACCGAGUCACUGAAGCAGUCCUUUCGCGAAGAGCUCGAGAAACUGGUCAUCCUGGAUUACAUGAUGCGGAACACUGAUCGUGGUCUGGACAACUGGAUGAUUAAGGUGGAUUGGAGCACCCAGCAAGUAUCGAUAGCGUCAGAGCCACUACAGAUGAACAUGGAGACUGGUCCGUCCGAAGAGGAUGGACCGCGGCCAGUAGACCUGAGCCAGCGAUCAGCGGCAGAAGGUCGCUCCUCGUACCCCUACAAGACUCAACAGCCUAUGAAAGCAUCAAGCACCGUGUCAAGCUCACGGGACCCCAAGAUCACAAUCGGCGCCAUUGACAAUUCACUUUCCUGGCCUUGGAAGCACCCAGACGCAUGGCGAAGUUUCCCCUUUGGAUGGCUAUUCCUGCCAGUGGACUUGAUCGGGCGGCCGUUCUCACAAAAGACGCGGGAUCACUUCCUCCCUCUCCUGACCUCGACACAUUGGUGGAGCCAAACACAGUUGGCCUUGCGAAAAGUCUUUCAACUGGACCCCGACUUCCAGGAAAAGAUGUUUGCUCGACAGAUCGCCGUUAUGAAGGGCCAGGCAUGGAACAUUGUGGAGACGCUCAAGACGCCAGACCAUGGUCCUCUGGAACUUACACGUCGCUCCAAGGUCUGCGUCUGGGAUGAUCUCGUGGAGGUUCCUGUCGCGGUUCCCAUGCGAGUAACGUCCGCCGAAAUGAUGCGUCACGAGGCAGAGUUGCGACGGUCGAUUGACGAGGGCGACAUAGGCGAUGCCAACGCGUCUACUGCGCCGCCACUGCGCGUGGACGAGGACCUGCUCGGCUUCGCCAGCCCCCCGGCCGACAUGCCUCAUCCGGGCAGGUUCGAGCUUGCGCUGAGCCCGACAGGUGAGGGUGCUCAGUCGCCAGACGAGACAUCCAUGAACGGCUCGGGGAUCCUGGCUUCGUCAUUACCGCUAGCUAAAGAUUCAACAGCGCAGCGGCCCAGAUUCUCGGGCCAAAGCCAAAGAGAAAGCUAUCACGGGUCUCGCGCUCUCAACAUGUAUUCCCCCGCCCGUCAAGAGACUCAGCAGCAACGUCGAUAUUCGUUCGCAACGGCGACCGGGCGGCGCAGCGGCAAUAGCAUCGCCCAACACCUGUAUAGUUCCCGCCCGAGCCUGGACUACGAUGAAAACGACGUUGAGGAGGGCGACCUGGGCUAUGCGGCCGCCGAGGGAAUGGAGGGGAACCAACGGAAGGUUAUUGUGGAGAGGCUGGAGCCGGUGAAAGCCAGGAACCCGGUUUUCACCUGCUGGUGAUCCACUCGACUUGCAUCGCGCAAAACAUACGGGGACGGCACGAGCUCAAGAGGAGUUAGGAGGCCGGGUUAUCGGUUGGAGGGGUUUUCGCUCCGCCUGCUAUGGAUGCAAGGGGACAGGGGGGGUUAAUCUGUCUGUGUAUGUGCUGUUUGUUCUCUCUCCUUCCCCCUCCUUCACUUGCGUCCUUGGGUGGUCAUUCCGUGAAUUGCAAAUAGGGAAGCCGUGAGUCUUGUUUGGUCAGUUACAAAUGUUGCGCAGGAUAGUUGACUCGCUGCGUGUCAGAACGAUCAUGGCAUCAUCAUUACGGAGGUGUUGGUGGCGUUCCUCGGCCAUGUGUUGUAUUUUCCGUCACCGGUUCACUAGCUUAGCAAAAUGACAGAGGGGGGAGGACUCGGGUACGAGACAGACGACGAGUCUGAGGGCGAGACACGGCAUGGCAUGCCAAAGACAUGGUGAGGAAGACACAGAAGAGAAUAAGCCCGUGGGUCCAAGAUAUGCAGACCCGCCACCCCGCCCGCGCGGAAGUGAGGGGGGGAGGAACAUUGAUACGAAGGAUAAGGAGAGAGAACUCAGAAACGAAGAACAAAAUAAUACCCAAAAGCAAAUAAUAGGGGGCCUGUGUCACCGACGAGGAGGGAGGGGGAAGGCGUUCCGCGUUUUCUUUUCUUCUUCCUUUUCCAUGCUUCCUUUUUCUUCUCGAGGGUUUGGAAAGGAUUGCAUGCCAAAAAAAACCCUUUCGGCGAACCUGAGAAAAGGUCCCCUUUUCGAAUCGGGCAAGGAUAUUCCUACUCGCCCGCGCUCAUCCGGGUCAGGGGCAGAAUACCAACCCGGCAUGCGUUAUUCCUUACAGAGUAUCCAUACAGGAGUGGAAAGCCUCCAAGGCCGAUAACAAUGACGAUUCUUCCUUUGAGCAUAGAUAGUAUUAGAAAGGAGGGGCUGAAAAUGUGACUGCUCGGGUCACACAGCGCUGUUGGACGUCGAUAGUUGCGGUCACCGCCCAUCCUCUCGGCCCCGUACUCCAUUUUCGUUGUCGAAAAAGCUCAUCUUCGUCCCGAACUCAUCAAUCAGCGGCAGCCAGCCAGUAUUCGGGGCUCGCAGUUUACAAAAUUGGAACAUGGUUGCGGCGAGUCGGCUGGGGACAAGCGCUGAAUUCCCGGGCUGAGAGUAAAGUUGUCUGUCAUGCCCGCAAUCUGUGAGCAUGAGAUAGUAUCAGGAGGGGAGGGGGGCAUCGGCCAUGUCCAUAUCCCGUAUU